CCCUUACUUUCUUUUCAGCCCUUAGCCCUAAUCCAUUCAGAGGAUGCCUUUGGUUAUUAUUCGUCGAACGCUGGCUGCCCCCUCAGCCCACACUCCUGUCUCUGACCAUUCUCGUGAUGAGUGGCCUCAACCCAAGGAUGGAUCGAGUAGAACUAAAGGAAUGGAUCAUCCUUUCUUGUUUGAUAUUGCAGAGCCUGAGGCCUGUGAUCAGAUGUAUGAGAGCUUAGCACGACUCCAUUCAAACUAUUACAAACACAAGUACCCUCGCCCCAGAGACACGAGUUUCAGUGGCCUGUCCGUGGAAGAGUACAAGCUGAUCCUGUCCACAGACACCCUGGAAGAGUUUAAGGAUAUGAAUAAAGGCAUGUGGAAGAAACUGCAGGAGAAGUUUGCCCCUGGGAGUCCCGAGGAGAAGCAUAAGGCCUGGGCUCAGUCCUUAUCGCGCCCGCGUACCUAAGCCCGGAGGCUUGUAUGUUGUCAUCAUAAAUAAAGCUGCCCUGAUUUCUCCCUGG